AUGCCCCCCAAGCUCCCGAAUUUAAAAUACAAACCACGGCGUGUCGUUCGUCCCAAGGACGAGAAUGAUGAAUCACACUCCAGUACUGGUGUAGAGGACCUGAGUCUGGUGCAGUUAGAGCGGCUGCGCCUCCAGCAAGAGGCUGCUCUCCAGCAAGAAACAUUAAGUAACAGUGCCACGGCGUCUCUACCUCGAAACAUUCACCCUGCAGCAGCUCCACCCACCGAUGGCAUGCCAGUCCGAAAACCGAAUCGUGUGCAGUCCGCACCAGCGGCGGCUAAUCGUGCCGCUGCAUACUUGCCCGCUGAAGCUGAACGCUUCCCUGCCAAUACCAUGUGGAAGAUACUUGAGAUGGUGGAAGAAAACCCCAACAUGACUGUUUACCACCCAACACCGCUGGACAGCGCCCUUCCCGCUCGUCUAAGAGCAUCAGAUGGAGAGGGUCCUGUUGAAGGUGAUGAUCAGCGUCCUGAGACCACAGGUGAGGAGGAAGGCAUUAUGUUCCUUAAAGAGUAUGAUGAAGAGCUGCGUCGGUCAAGACAGGCUAAUUUACGUUUCGAACGGGAAAUACUCCAUGCUUCUGCGAACAAGAUUGAUGUGGAAACAGUUGUUGGGCGUCACGGUGAAGGAGAGCUUGUAUGGCUUCAGUUGCCCCGCUUUCAUGCUGAUCCGCCCUUUGCGUUGGCACAACUGCCAGCAGGGAAAGUUGGUGAGGUGAAAGUGUACAGGAGUGGCCGUAUGGUAAUGGAAAUUUGCGGUGUGCAUUACGAUGUUGCUGUUGAGGGGUACACCGCUGGAGAUGAUGAUGCCUGCAAUAUCGUCACGGCUGUUGCUCCUUCACAGCAGCCGGAUGAAAAGGCAAGCUGCUACCAACUUGGACUUUUAGCUAAGAAGAUGGUCUGCACCCCUGACAUCACCGUGGAUAAAUGA